AUUAUCGUUAUUAUUGCCAGUGUAGUUGUUCUGGCCGUGGACAGUGAUCGAAACAUGUUUGCAGCCAGUGCACUGCGUGGACUGCGUUUUUUUCAAAUUCUUCGCAUGAUCCGUAUGGAUCGGCGAGGUGGAUCGUUCAAGUUGCUCGCCUCAGUGGUUUGGGCGCAUCGACAAGAACUAUUCACCACCGUCUAUAUCGGAUUUUUAGGAUUAAUCUUCAGCUCAUUUCUCAUUUAUCUGGUUGAAAAAAAGGAAAACGAGAAAAUCAAAACAUAUGCGGACGCCUUAUGGUGGGGAGUGAUCACACUUUGUACCGUCGGCUAUGGAGAUACUGUCCCCUUGUCUGGGCUAGGCAAAAUUAUUGCCGGUUGUUCAUGUCUCGCCAUUAUUUCAUUUUUCGCAUUACCACCGGUGAGCUACAACAAAUAUGCCAAGUAA